AUGGUUCUUGUGAAUUCUCACCUAUCUGCAGGUUACAUGGGGCUGCUUGCAGUAAGGAGUGAUGGUAUAGAAGUGAAGAGAAGUUCAGAUGAGCUGGCAAGAGAUGCGCUGAAUGCAGAAGGCUAUUGUGUUAUUGGAGGUUAUAUGUCACCUGUUAAUGAUGCAUACAAGAAAAGGGCAAGACAAAGUACCUUCCAACGCUCUUUAAUUGUUUUAUCCAGAGUUAAGAGUAUUUUUUGCGAGAGUGGGCAGGUACCUAGUGAAUCCCUUAAGGUUAUGCUUGUCUGCGGUUCUGAUCUGCUCCAAUCUUUUGGCAUUCCUGGAGCCUGGAUUCCAGACCAAGUCAGGACCAUAUGCAGAGAUUAUGGUGUGGUUUGCAUUCGCAGAGAAGGACAAGAUGUUGAGAAAAUUAUCUCUGAUGAUGAAAUUUUGAAUGAAUUCAGGGAUAACAUUAAAGUUGUGGAUGAGCUUAUACCAAACCAAAUCAGCUCAACAAGAGUAAGGUAA